AUGCGGGUCCUGUCGAGGCGCUGCGCGCGUCCGGGAGCGCUUGCACCUUCCUCCCUCGUCGCUAACACUCUGCGUGGGCUCCGCGAUGUGCAGGAGGUCCACGGAAACCGCUGGAGCGAGGUGGCUCGCCACAUCGGCACCAAGACCGGGCAGCAAUGCGCGCAGCGCUGGCGCCAUCGCGUGAACCCCAAUAUCAGCAAGGAGAAGUGGACAGAAGCGGAAGACAACCAGCUCACCAGCCUUGUGCGGCAGUAUGGGAGCUGCUGGGCCGAGAUCUCGCGCAAUUUACCGGGCAGAACGGAUCAGCAGUGCAUGGGGAGGUGGCGGCGCCAUCUGGACCCCUCGGUCCGCCGUGUCAGCUGGCACCCCACCGAGGACGAGAAGCUGAGGGAGCUCGUGGCCGAGCAUGGUGCCAGCUGGAGCUUCAUCAGCCGCUUCAUGGAAGGCCGCACCGCGCAGCAGGUCCGAGCGCGCUGGUGCCAGCUGGAGUCCCUGGAGUCGACGCCCGCGAGCUUGAGGGUCAAGGCGCGCCAGGGUGGCCAUGCCAACCGCCCCUCCGCCCCCGCCAAGGUUUCUUCCAGCGGCGACGCCUCGCUGAAGAAACACCUCACCUUUGACGCCGCGCAGGCGAGCGCCGCCGCGCAGCUGAUGGCCAGCCUGGCCUGGGGCGGCGCAGCGGCGCUGCGCCCGCCACACCCGGGGCCCGCAGCCAGACAGGCGUUGAGGCUGGACCUGGAGCACUCAAAUCCCCCCUUCUUUGCGCGACUGGCCGCGCUGGCUCCGAGCCUGGAGGGCAGCAGGGUCACGCCCAUCAAGCUGAGCACGGCGCUUGGGGGCGGGCCGUCCCUGCUGUCCCCUCCCAUGGGCCCCCUCCUGUCGCCGCUGGGCUGCUCCAGGGACGGCCAGCUGGAGAGCCCUCAGUUCCAUGGCCUGGUGACCCCCGAGUGGGCUCGCCAAGGCCAGAGGGGGCCGGGCAGCACGGGGGAGGGCCGGCACAGAGACGCCGACUUCGACACGCGGCGCGCUGCGGUGACGCGCCGCCUGCCCAUGGACGAGCUGGCGCCGGACCCCGCCUCCCCGCGUGCCGCCGACCUGCAGGGCUUUGGCAGCUUCUCCAUGGUCCUGGGGUCGCCGCCCAAGAAGGCUCGGAUGGCCACGCCCGUCCGCGGCGGCGCACCCGCGCCCGUCGCGGACGCGGCGCACCUGCUGCAGCCGGAGAGCUGGGCGGGGUCCGCGACGGCGGACAUGAACAGCCGCAGCGUGCGCACCAGCCUGCACGCCCUGCUGGAGCAGGUGUGA